AGUUUCCGGAAGUGCUCUUAAAUACCAGGAAGUUGUAAACAAAGCUGACAGCUAUUCAGUUGUUACCUACAUCUGAAUGGUUGCCUAGUACACUAGGUGUGCAACAGGCAAGUUAUUCGCCGAAAUCGCGUAUCUACCAAUUACGCAGCGAACCAUUUCUGUUUUAUAAAGGGAUCGGCUCGCGGAAGUACAUAUUUCCCGUGCGUCUGUUCAACGAGCUAACGUUAGCCGCCUUCCGUUCUCUCGUGAGGGAAACGCUAACGUUUGCACAAGGACGUCGGGGCACGCCUGUGGAGUUAACGCCGAAUCGAUCGUCACUGUCGCCCACUGGAUAGUGAGCAGCGCUGGUGCCCGAUAAUUGUGUUUUGUUGUUGUUGUUGUUUUUCUCUGCAUUUGCUGUCUGGGGCAAAGAAAGAGCCAGCGAGCGAGCCCGUCCAUCUUAGAAGGACAACAAUGUCUACGUCCAACGCUAAUUUCAAAAACAAGUGUGUGACACAGGUGAACUGCGUCUUCUGCGACAGUCUGCUCUGCACCAGGGGCAUGAAGGCGGUGCUCCUUGCAGACACGGAAGUUGAGCUCUUUUCAACUGAUAUACCUCCCAAUAGGACUGUUGACUUUGUGGCCAGCUGCUACUCCACUGAAAGCUGCAAAUGCAAACUGAGGGACAUCGCAUGUCUCAAGUGCGGUAACGUUGUGGGCUAUCAUGUCGUGGCCCCCUGCAAACCCUGCCUGCUGUCCUGCAACAACGGCCAUUUCUGGAUGUUCAACAGUGACGCUGUGUCAACUCUCAACAGACUGGACGCAACGGGCCUGAAUCUGCUCCUGUGGGGAGACCUCCCUGAACUGGAUGACAGCGAGAACGAAGAAUCGGAAACCCCAUCAGAAGAGGAGUGCAUCAGGUAGAGGAGGAAAUGGACAAUGUGCGAGACCGAGAGGGCCAACGUGUGAGGUGGAGCUACGAGCGUGUACAAACCAAGAUGUGAGAGAAAGGAGAAGUCUUUAAGGGUCAUUGAACACUGAAUCACAGAGGGCAGAAAUGUGCUGCUGUUCCGCUCUGCAUGGGUUAAAACCACGCUGCAAUUUUUGGCCCUUUGUAAUUCAGUGGUGAAUUACCCUUUAACCUAUGAUCCCGCCUUUUCUCACCAUUUCUCACUGUUAAAAGCACAGACACAUGCUGUCAGUCACACAAACUCUUCCCUCUCUCUUAUGUACAGUUGCGUGAGCUAUUGUAAAAACAUAUGGCAGAAGUCGACUGAAGAUGACCGACAACUAGAGACCUUAAUCUAGUGUGUUUCACUUUUCGUUAGUCUUCGCUGAGAUCAUGGGUUUUGAUCGGCCUCGUGAAAGGUUCCGGAGUGUGGUAUGAUAAGUCAGUGGAACUUAACGUACCAGUGAAAUGCUGUGCUUUUUCCCAUUGUUUACAUUGAGUCUGCUUCUCUGAUAAGGCAACCACAAUUCACUCACUCUCCAUUAGAUGGCAGAUCUACAGUAAUCUGUACGUUGAAUAUGCUGUAAUAAGAAUUUACUCCCAUUAACAGUUACUUUUUAAAGGCUUACAUCUUCUCUGUGUGACUGGGUGCUGACUUGAGUUCGAGUGCUUUUUGAGUCCAAUGCAUUGGAGAAAUAGCACAAUUAUUGAAUAUUGUGUAUAUAUACAUAAAUAUAUAUAUACCGUCUAUAUUCAUAAAUAUAUAUAUACCGUCUAUAUUAUGAGUUUCUCGCUUUUCAAGGGCAUAUUUGAUUUAGGAUACCAUACAGUCUGACAAACUAUAAACAUAUUUUGAUAUGCUAAUAUAGUGUUUGUUAUACACCUGACAGCAGUAGUAUAUGUGUAACACUGAGAUGACUGACUGUAGCAGUGUUCGAUACUAACAUGCUAACUUAUGCAUAAUGUGUGCUUCCACACAGGCCUGGAGCAGCCACAUUUAAAGUCGUACUUUUGUUAGGAGCUCAAAUAAUGUUUGAAGAAUUACCUGAUCGAUGAUAGAGGAAAACCGUAAUGGAAAUCAACAAAGGUGUAUUUUUUGUGCCACUCGAUGCGGAUUAUUAAUCAAAGUCUUGAAAACUGUUCUCAAUGGAUUUCAGUGUUCACAAUCUUUUAAUUUAUUUAUUUCACCCCUGUUCAGUUUUAUGUAGCAGCAUAACUGUAGCACCUGAGGUGAAGGGGGAACAAAUCAACUCCAAAGAAUCAUGGUACAUAUAGAUAUUGAACCAGACUGGCUUCCCCUCUGAAAAGAUAAUUAUGAUAUUUUUUAGCCAGUCUAUAGAAUAGCAUUUCACAUUUAAGUUAAGUUUCAGUCAGUGCAGCUGGCCACAACACCCUCAACCCUCAAUAUUCCAUUGGCCUUACUGAUGCUGUGAUUGCUGACAAUGAGCCUUUGUUCAGAUGUGGACUCGGGGAUCGAUGUUGUACGUUAGUUGGUCAUCUCACUAAAUGACCGGGGCCUUCUCGUCAGCCUGUUGUGCCAGACGCAAGCUCCAGCAUCCACCAGUCACAAGGGACGUAACUCAAAUCAGGCCUCUUUUGGCAGUGCCAUCCUGGAGCUCUUGUUAUUGUUUCACUGCCGUGCCCUGCUGAAAACUUACGAUCCUGUCUUAAAGCAACAGUCGUUCUGCGAGUGAAUGAGUUUUGCCUGAAUUGUCAGCAAGCAAUGUCGAAGAAGCAAAACAUACUGUCGAAUGUCACUUCGUACCUAAAGGAAAAUGAUAAAGGAAGUUGUAUUUUAAAAAUCUAAAUCUACGGUUUUAGCUAGAGCCUUUAGUUGUGAAAAACACACAUAGGUGAUGGAAACUUUGUCCAGCAAUUUCUCGUCCUUGACCCUCAAAGUUCUAACUGACAGUCUGCUACACUUGCACACCAAACACUGUCUUAUGUGGUAAACCGAUAGGAUACAUUGCAUAAAAUAGGUAUUUAUUAAAUCUGCAAACCAAAUAUAUGUAACCACAUACUUCCUUUUUGUUUACAGACUUUGUUUACAAAUGAUUUGUAUUGUGCUAUAGUACUUAUGUUUUUGUUCACGUAUUUAAUAUUUCUUUUGUGACGUAGUGCUUUGUUUUCUGUUGGAAAAAAAAAAUUGGAUGUGUACAGUUUUACCCCGAGAGGGUAUCACUCGCAAGCUUCCUCUGGCUAGGACAAAUGUCAAAUGAUAAUCAAAAGAAUUAUUUAAAUGGAUGUUUCUGAUGUGAAUAACUUUCAAUUAACAUACCCUGCUGAAAAUGUAUAUUUUGGAAUUGCACUGAAACUGCAUUGGUAGUUUGAAGAAAAUUAUUUGUUGUUUUGUAUGCUUGUUAACUUAAUAAUAAACUUUUUUCUUUUUUUUUCAAAAUAUCCGAAA